AGUAACAUUGAACACCGCUGAGUGUUUGCAGAUUUUCACAGAAUUUGUUAGACAACUCGAUGCGGAACCGACACGUUGUUACGAUUCAUAAUAAAUGAUUCCGGUUCGAGUCUAUACGAAUCGCACUGUAUUUCAUAAUAACCAUAGUUUUCUCGGGAAUGGUUAAUUACUAAUCACUAAAACCUAUGUUAAAAUGUAAUUAUUUGUUAUACAUAUUUGAAUUGAUUACUUUUAAUACACGGGUUAAAUUUUACCUACGUGCACCGUCAUGGCCGCGCUUACAACAAGCGUCUUUUGAUUUUCGAUCUAGGUGGCGCUGUUGGUGACUAAUUCCAAUUUUUUCGAUGUCACGAAUGUAAGGCAAGCAGCUCGGCUUUUGAAGAAACCUUUAUUAUAGAAAAAUUAGGCAAAAAUUCUUGGGGUUUUUCAUUUGUGUGGCAUCUCAUUUGCAUUGAGUCUCGUUGAAAGACACGUGUUUGGCUGUAGGAAUCGGUUGCAGAACGAUGAUUGCAUUGCACAAUUUAACAAAAAUUGAAAACUGGUUGUCCAGGAAAGGUUGUUGAGAUAGACGAAACGUUAAACUAUUGUAAGCAAAAGGGAGGAAAUUGAAAGGUACCGUGUGAGUCGUCAGUGGAAUUUGCAGAGUGGACAAAUCGUGUUUCCUAUGCUAUGUAAAUGAUUAGGAUAAUUGAGGAAAACGCAAAGAGAAAGAAAGAAGAAACGUGUGGUAAAAGUAAAGGGAAAGAAUCAACGAUGAAGGACGUUACUACAGAUGUCGGCGGAUCGAGAUUUGGUUCCAAGAAGCGGAAACAAAUUUGAAUGAGAGUAUAUUAACCCCAAUGGUACAAACACAGAUGACUUCGACUUACGCUCAGUACACGCAGAAUGGUGAUCAGACCACGGUUGGCACUCAACCCAGAAGUGAACAGAAGGAAGGAACGCCGUUCACUGUUCCCAUUGUGACAAGUAAUGGUGUCGAACAACAGACGCAAACAGAUUUAGAACCAGAAAUUAAUAUCAGUACUGGAACACAAGGGCAAGCAAGCACACAGACGACAGCUGCCGUCACAGAGGUUUCCAAAUCAAAUCAGCCGAAACGCCUCCACGUCAGUAACAUACCUUUUCGUUUCAGAGAUCCAGAUUUAAGACAACUUUUUGGGCAAUUUGGUCCAAUAUUAGACGUGGAAAUUAUCUUUAAUGAAAGGGGUUCGAAGGGAUUCGGUUUUGUAACUUUCGCAAAUAGUGCAGAUGCUGAUCGAGCACGAGAGCAGUUGAACGGCACUGUGGUUGAGGGACGCAAAAUAGAGGUAAAUAACGCAACAGCUAGAGUACAAACCAAGAAAACACCUACAAUUCCAAACGGUAAGUACUUGCAUGGAAUAUUUACAUUGAAUGUUCUUACUUUCAUUCUAAUUACUAGUUUAAACGUAAUCCGAUUUUGUGUUAAAGUGUUUGCACUGAUUUCAUAUUUUUUAUUAUCCAUAAAUGUUAUUAAACAAUAGAAAAUUAGAUUUAAUUUUUUUGAUGGCACUGCAGUUUGUGCACUUUUUAUACAUUUUUAGUAGUCCAUUUUAUGUGAAUUACAUAAUGCAUUGUGUUUGCUUACAUUUGUGAAUAUUUGCUAAUGUAGAGAGCAUUAAAUUUUUUUAGCUUUCCAAUAAAUAAUAAUAUAUAAUUUAUUAUAUAUGUAUAUAUUAUAUAACCUAGCAAGUUAAUUUUUUUACUUUCUCUUUGCUAAGGAAUGAUCAUUCAAUUAUUUUAUUAAAGUUAAAAUAUAUGAAUGUUAAGAAUGUCAAUUUUACUUAUAGAUAGAAAAAUGUGCACUUUAAAAUAUUUUAUAGAAAAUUUCUUCAAGUUUAUAGAUACUGUAUCGCAGGCACUUAACUAAUGAAUUGAUCAUAAUAGAAUCCUAUUGAGCUAACUUCCAAGAAAAAAUCCUAUAUAUUCCAGAUCAAAAUUAUAAUUUUUAUCUUGACCGAUUAGGUUUGGGUGGUUUAUAAAUUAAAUUUUUUUAGCUAUACACAAAUUUUAUUUAUAAAAUGUAUGACUUAAUACACAUGAUAAUUAUACAAAUGAGCUAAUUUUGUUCAAUAAUAAUAAAUUAGUUAUAAAAAUUGCUUCACCAUUAUCAAGAAAUAUAUUCUUGAAAUAUAAAAAUGAUAAUAUUAACACAAACUGCAUUUGCUGCCCUUUGUAUACAAUUAUAAUAAUAAAUGCACUUAUUACUAUUAAUGAAUUAUUUAAUAUAUAAAUUUAUCAAAAUAUUAUGAACAUAACUAUGUGACAAUCAAAGUAUUAAUUUGAUACUGUAAUUAAUUGCACCUGUCUGAUGGUAGUGAUCUAUCCAGUUCUAACAAAUGGUAAGUAAUACAUUAAAAAAGCAACAUUAUCCAAUUUUCAUUAUAACAUUAAAUUAAAUAAUGUAAUUCAGUAAAUU